AUGAAUGAAACCCGCUGGAAUUCACGGUAUGAGAUGAUCAAACGAGUUAUUAAGCUCGGACACUACAUUAAUACAAUCAUCAACCGCUUCACCGCAAAUCCCGCCCAACUUCCCGCACACAUCAAGCUUGACGAGCUCAAAAGUUACGCUCUGUCGGUUAUGGAAGUCGAUUCUCUUCAGGAUAUCGAAUUAAUUCUGGAAAAAGCCAGCGGAUACGGGAACAACAUGGGAGCCUCGACUAUAUCGACAAUCUCCAAAAUGUAUCUGGAGGCGUCCAUACGACUAUCCUACUUCACCAAAAUGAAGACAUAUCUCGCCGAGAUGGAGAUCGUCCGUAUCACCACACAACAACAAAACACUCUCCUUGCCGCCAUAUAUUUCGAUCCAAACCUCUUGGACGACAAGAUCUGGAAGGGCGUAAGCGACACGUCCCUCAAGGAAAGGGCAAUGGAGGCUAUUAUCAAGGAACUUAUCAAGGAUUAUAAAACCGCUGUUACACGACGCUUUUUACGCAUUCAGUCGACGUCGUGCAAGGCUGAGCGUGUCUUCAGCAAGGCCGGGUAUCUUACUUUGAACCGCAAGUCUGGCCUCAGCACACCCAAUCUUCAUCAUAUCCUGUUCUCUAGCAGCAUAACCACGGCCUUAACAGAACUGCAGAAGGAAAUAGAGGAGGCCAAGAGCAUAUCGACGGCAACAUAG